AUGGAGUCGGAAAGUGACGAGAGCGAAUUGUUUUCUCCUGAUCUUCCUGGUAUUGAUUACUGCGCUCCCCUUCGGCCCCAGAUUCAAGCUCUCCAUGUGGAAACAGUGAAAGACAGAUUCCCUGCAAACAAAGACUUCCACCGACCGCGCGUCGCGACAUGGAGGUCCAAUCUGGCGGCUGCUUCGCAGAGGCGCAAUCUGCUUUUUGUGGCAUCCGGAAGCGACAUCAAUGUCUGGGUGCCGUCGGGUCCCUUUGCACUGUUAGGAUCUCAACCAGAAAUGAUUAUCAACCCUGUAAUGAAGUCGCCAUCUGCAGAUGGCUAUAUCGACCGAUCCAAUCCGCACACAAUCAAUGCGAUCCUUGUGGAUGACCUAGGGCGCGACGAGAUUCUCCUGUUGGUCACAGAUUCCGGCAAUGUAUGCGGCUACCACGUGGAGGUGAUCUACUCAGCCCUGGCCCGUUGCAAGGAAGAGAAACUUGAACGGCCCUUUGAUGGAACUCAAGUGAGCCCCUUUUUCACAGAAGAUGUAGGCAUGAGUGCCUGGGGUCUAGCUACUCACAAGUUCGCCCGCCUGAUUGCCGUCAGCUCCAACACAGGCCAGAUUACAGUGUAUGCAUUCGCACUGGUGGACGCUGCUAUGAAUGAAGACAAAAAACCACAAUCCUCUCAACCCCAAAUUUCUCAAGAUCGCGGCCUGUUAUCAGACCAGACCUGGGUCUCUAUCAACAACCGAAAACAGUUGCGAGCGCUUCGGGAGCUUAUGCCCCACAACCACCGAUCCCGCAACUUGCGGUUGACCUAUAGAGGUCAUUUCGAUAAUAUUCCUUGUGUUUCAUUUGCCAACUUCGACCUUGAUGCUAAUGGCAUAUGGAUGGUGAGCACCGACAUUAGUAAUAGGGUUAUUAUAUGGCGGUUGUGGGACGACUUAUGGCCCUCUCGAGUGUACUCUCCCGGUGACCCCUCGAAUAAUCCACCGCAGAGAGGCUGGGCAGUGCUACCUCUGGACCCACGAAUAUUCAAACAUCACAAGCGGAGAGUUGAAGCAUGUGGAUGCCAACCAAUGACGGAGGAAGUUGCAUCACGGACAUUACUAGAUGUGUCGAAAGCAAUCGAAGAAGUCACUGAUGCGACCCAGCUCGUUGAGGGAACAUACAAUCUGCCUGAGCCUGUCAUAAACGACUGUCUCCCGGAUGAUCUCGUCUUCUCCGAAGAGUGCAUACUUGAGAACCGAUCUCGCUCAUCUACUGGCGUGGGACAAGGUUCUCUACGAGCCUCUACUAACUCUUCGGCUGGUUCAGAGUACGCAAACUCUUGGUUCAGUCCAACUUCAAGGACACGCUCGGUAAACCCUCUGGUCAGCCUCUUCGAAGAAGAAAACCCGCACUUCCGGGUUACUCCAUACGUGUUCCCGGGCUUCGGGAGGAAUUUGGUGACCACUUUCGACGGCCUACACAACAAGCCUGUGCAUCCUCAGUUCCCUGACUUCUUCCCCGUCAUCCACUUUUCCGAGCGCACCAUCAGCCUUGCUCCUUACCCGAUGGACUCCGAAUAUCACCUGAUUUGCAGGAACGCCCUAUUCCAGGCAUUCCGGUCUUUCGACAUCAGUAUCCACUUUGAUCGUUUCAACAUGGUGAAAUCCAUUCCCGAGCUCGGACUUGUCGUGGCAGCCUCUCAGAAAGGCCGCGUAGCCAUCAUCUCACUCACCUGGCAAGAAGAGGUCGGCUUCAGCUUCCGACUGGAUUGGAUCGUCCCCUUUUUCACUCAAGAGCAGAAAAACGAACGUCCCGAAGUCCCCCUCCUUGGCCUCGCCGUCAGCCCCGUGCCGGGCUUCGAGAUCCCGCAAGACGUCCCUCAUAUCCCCCGGGGCGUCGACCCUGACGACUGGCUCGAAUUCAACUACCGUAUCCUCGACCAAGACGAAAGUAACGACUCAUCCUCUCACUUUUCAUCCAGACCAUCUAGCCCCAAUCAGAAUCCAACUACUCACUCUGCAGCCGCCCCAUCUGCAGAUUUCAAUCCGUUCGGGAACCCAUUCGGGGACUCCGACAGCCCCUCUGACUCUGACAAGUCCGAACCUGGCACCAUGUCCGACAAAAUGUCAGAGGAAGAGGGCCCCAAAACUCAUACGCUCCCGGAACUCCACGCAGAGGCCUUCCGCGCCUACCGGCCCCAAGAGGACUGGCACGGCUGGCAUCCGUCACGCCAUUACAGGCUGCUCUUAUUGUUCUGUGACCACACAGUAAUGAGCUACGAGUUCUGGCACGACUGGAAGGCCAAAGAGACAGCGUAA